AUGAAGCAAUUUUACCAUGGGAAAAAUAAAACUUCUGGGGAAUCGUUUAACAGGGCCAACUAUGUACUGAGCCAAGAUGCCACAGCAGGGGUUCCUUUGACAGGGUGGGAAGCUGAAAGGGCUGCCACACCCGAACAACAACGCAGCAUAUCGUAUCGCGAAGCAAAAAACGGAAAAGGCAUCCCUUUCUCUAUAGCUUCCAACAUCGCUAACAAAACAGGCUCAUCACGCAGCUUCUGGAGUUACUCCCCUCCAGAGUGGAACGCACAAAAAAAAGAACAGACGCAUAUGGAUGAUAACCAUAUUGUUGAAACAAAAAAGACAUACACCUCCGUAAGCACCGCUCCGCACAGAAGUAACUAUGCCUACCGUGCAGACGCACGUCCCAACACCCAAACCAGCUCUACAUCCAUAUGCUUGGUGAAACGGUUAAACGGAAAGGUCGAACAAAUUGACAUGAAGGAUAUACAGACCGCCUUUCCUAACUACAUACCAUAUGAGAGAGACGACAAGAGCACAUUCCUCUCAUCAGUGUUCAGCUCCCCAGAAGAUACAGAGAAAACCCAAGGCAUGGUAGGAGACAUUUCUAACCUCCCUGUUGUGUAUCAAAAUGUGGAACUGAACUUAGAUCUCGUGAAAAAGUGUAGACAGGCAUCCACAAGUAGGAAGGCCUUUUCCCAAAUCCGCCAACGAAGUGUCAAACCCUCGGCUAAGAUCAAACUGCCUAUUGGGACAACCCCCACAAGUCCAACGGCUCGCAGUUCGUACCAAAAAGCGCCGCCACCCUCCAGAAGCUUCAGUUGCAACAAUACCAUUUAUAAUCCUUCUGCUUGCCACCCGAGCAACGGACUAAGAUCCACUUCACAGAAACGAACAUUCUCCAAUGUGCAAACAUGGUAUAACGCCCCAGGAGGGGGAUCGAACUUUCCUUCUUGUGGAAAAAGUCCCAUUAGGAGGUUUCAGUCUGCUCAGAACACAACCACGUUGUCAAUUUGCUCACCAGAAGUGGUCGCUCCGAAGAGGGAUGCCACUCCACAGACGAGUGUACUAAAACCGUACGGCAUUCCCAUGCUGUUAAAGCAUUCUACAAAUAUGAUCCUGAGCCAGUUAAAAAAGAUGAAAGGCAACGAAAAGACCCACGCCAAAGGAACGACUAAGAACGUGAAGAACAAUGCGAAGCAGAAAGAGGUACAAUUUGAACCAAGUUCUUUUUCAAAAAAAGAAAUGGAUAACCAACCUACGGUGGAUGGCAAAAUAGACAAAGUGGAUUAUCCUCGCCGCAAUUCCUCUUCCGUUAAAGACUACCACAAAGUGGUAGUAGACAGCAACCCAUGUAGCAGCUACCCAGUGGGGGGCAAAAAGGGAGAUUUGACCCUUCAGAGGCUGCUCGCGAAGAAAACCAAAGUAAAGUCAAUCGAAAAGGAAAAGUACAUAGAAAAGGUGAACUCAUACAAAGUGAUAUACCAAAGCGACGAUUUUGUGAGCAUCUACCAAAACGGAGGAGACAAAAUAAUGAAGGAUCACUGCAUGGAUGUGUCCAGUUUGUUAUGUAUCCCUGGGUAUGCCGGGGGAUACCUGUGUGAGUCAAAUUCGACGGUUCAUCAUUCGCAUGCUAAAGGAAAAGAAAACCCACAGGAGGAGAAUACAAAACGAAGUGGGAGCAUAGCCUCUGCUAGAAGUAUCACUACGCACCCACAACAAGAACAAGGAAAACUUUGGAUAGACCCCGAUGUAGACCUUCUAAAUGAUGACCUAAUUUUAUAUCAUCUUAGAAAAGCUGUAAACAGCUCACUCACACUUAACGUCGAUUUGCAGUACCUCGUACUUUUGAACGAAAGUUUGAAGAACAGAGAAUGGGUAGGAAACUCAUUAUGGGGUCCCAAGGGUGACCUUUCCCUACAGUAG